UGGUGGUUUCCUAAGAAGCUUCUAAGUUGUUUUGGCUAAAAUAAAAUCAGGUAGAGGGAAUUGCAAGAACCCCUAACCCGAAGUCUGCAUCUCUUCUGAUCAUGGCUCACUUUGGCCGAGCAGGACCUCCCGACAUUAAAGACAGUUAUUCUUUGCUCGUUCUCAACAUCACUUUUCGUACAACUGCAGACGAUCUCUAUCCUCUGUUUGACCGAUAUGGAAAGGUUGUGGACAUUUUUAUUCCAAGAGACAGGAGGACUGGGGAUUCUAGAGGAUUUGCUUUUGUUCGUUAUAAAUAUGCAGAUGAGGCUGAAAAGGCAAUUGAAAGGCUUGAUGGAAGGAAUGUUGAUGGGAGGGAUAUUGUUGUGCAGUUCGCAAAAUAUGGGCCAAAUGCAGAAGUAAUUCGUAAAGGAAGGCUAACUGAGGAACCUCCUACCUCUAAGAGGCACAGAAGUCGCAGUCCGCGGCGGUCCAGCAAAAGAGUCAAUGACGACUAUAGAUAUCGAGAUUAUAGGAGGCGAAGUAGAAGUCGUGAUAGACAUGACAAUCACAGGUAUCAGGAAAAAGAACGAGAAUAUCGCCGUCGGAGUCUGAGCCACAGUGCUAGUCCUCGCAGCCUGAGUAGAAGUCGAAGUAGGGACACAAAUGAUGGCAGAACGAAACGGUCCCGAAGUCGUUCUGUGGACAGUCGUUCCCCAGUUCGGCACAGUCGAUCUCAUAGGAGUCUCACACCGCAGCGUCACGUUCCAGAUAAAUCUAGCCCUUCGACAGUUAGGUCCCCUGCACCUGCAAGUUUGUCACCGAAUGCACGGAAUAAAUCUCCAAAACCACCAAGUAUGUCUCCUAGCAAUUCAGGUGCUUAAAUAACUUCAUGCUACUGCAGAAUGGAGUUGGUGCUUAAAUGACUCCAUGCUACUGCAGAAUGGAGUUUGUUGCUCUGUACAAAUGUUGAAUUUUAAUAUUACACAUUGAAUUCUGGCUUUAUGUUGAAAUUAAUUUAUUUUUCCUGUGCAGGAUAGUCAUCUAGUUAAAACUGUUGUAGAUCAAGGUAGGCUCAUAUACCAGCGGAGUAUUAAUGCGUGUUAAAUUUUAUUCUCAAUGUCUUGAUGACAUCCUCUUGUGUGAAUAAGCGACACAUUAUGUGUUUGAUGUUUGAGGAGUUUUUAUUGUCGGAUGGAUAAUUGAUUUCUUGGAUUUUCUAACGUAUAUGGGUUAUAAUUGUUCGGCAUUGCUGGGUUGCUUACUUGAGGGGGUGCAAAUUGAUGGCUUAUGACAAAAUUCAUCAUGCUUCCCUAUAGGCUGAUCAUUUAUUAACUGGAAGUAACAAGUUUACCUCAUUUUAUUUUUUUGCUUUCUCAAUUUUCGAGAUAUAUAUUCCAAUCUGUGUUUAUUGAA